CGUAGCCACCUCGUAGAGGUGUUGGACUGUCGCUUCAACACUCAGGAAAGCGAAUUUCAAACUGUAUCUUGAAAUAUGUCAUGAGUAGCAUUCUGGCGCAGAAGAACAACCUGUCUUUAUAAAGCAACAUAUUUCGUUCGUGUUUGCGGAAGGUGGGUGGCUACAUCUCAGGACUAAUCCACGUGUCUUUGUGGUGACACAUCAGCGAUUGAAACGACAUCGAUAAUGAGGUUGGCAGGUCCUCUACGUGCUGCUGUGGUCCUGCUGCUAGUGGGACUCACCUGGCUCUUAGCCAGCACAGUCCUGAGAGGAGACGGCACCUCCAUAGUGGGCCGCUUCUUCUUCCGAGGUGCCAACGAGGAGCCAACAGCAGAGCCCAAACCUCACAGGUACAAGUGUGGCCUCUCCGCACCCUGUCCCCAGAAGCACCUGGCCUUCCGCCUGGUCUCCGGAGCCGCCAACGUCAUCGGCCCCAAGAUCUGUCUGGAGGACAAAAUCCUCGUGAGCAGCGUGAAGAACAACGUUGGCAGAGGGUUGAACAUCGCGUUAGUAAACGGUGUAUCGGGAGAGCUGCUGGAAAUUAAAUCGUUUGACAUGUGGGCCGGAGAUGUUGCUGAACUGCUGAAGUUCCUCCGGCCACUCCACGAGGGAACGCUGGUCUUUGUGGCUUCUUUUGAUGAUCCUGCCACUAAGAUGAAUGAUGAAGCACGCGCGCUCUUCGAGGAGCUGGGCAGUACUGCGGUAAAGGAGCUGGGGUUCAGGGACAGCUGGGUGUUUGUGGGGGCCAAAGGCAUCGAGAACAAAAGCCCGUUUGAGCAGAGGAUGAAGAACAGCAAGAACACCAAUAAGUACGAGGGCUGGCCCGAGGCUCUGGAGAUGGAUGGCUGCAUCCCGCUGCGAGCCGCCCAGGACAGCUAGUGUUCUCCGGGGGAACCCCGCUCAGGACAGCUAGUGUUCUCCAGGGGAACCCCGCUCAGGACAGCUAGUGUUCUCCAGGGGAGCCGCCUCGACCGCCGACCGUCCGGGACCAUUUUUCACCGGGGGUGCCCCGCUUUUGUCAAAAUGCAUGAGCGACUGUGGGUAACCUUUUAAAAAGAAAAUACACAAAAAGACUAUUCAAAUAACACUUCCAUUCAAUAUA